GCCCGCUCAUCUCAGUCACGUAUUUUGCAAACCAUUGCACAGAUGAUGCUUCGCUCCAGUCCCUUCAAUGCUUCUUUGACACGCCACUCCACAAGCCGACAGCUACUGAUUUGCAGAAGCUCGCUCCGCGUCUGCAGAACGCAGCCAGACAGCUGUCUUCCUUCUGACCCGGCAAGCUUCUAUGUGGCAUUUCAAGCAUGCGGAGCGAGGCGUCACCAUUCAGCUUCCCUUGCCAAUAUGAGAUGUCAACUGGCUGACUAUGUAGAGCCUGGAGUCAGACUGCUAAGGAUUGCUCCUAUGUCAGAAGUACAAGCUCCAGGCCGGGAUCAGCGUUCUCGCAAAGUGAGUAGUGUAAUCGAGGACACCCUUCUGCUCGACGGCCAGCAGCUCAGCAGCCCAAGCAUGGUGGUGUGCCAUCCGUUGUGCUCCUGACGUUACAAUUGUGUGCAAAGCCUUUAGCCCCAAUGGACAUGGUCGACAACUGGAUAUGCAACUAGCCAGGCGGUUGCUCCUUUACACAAAAAUCCCCCGAUUCUGUCACAAACCAUCUUCUUUCACGGCUUCCACCCGCUUCGAUGACAGGUCCAGCGAGCUAGCCGUAGUCGGGCUAACAACCCCUUUUCAUCGCAAGAGCGAGAUCUCCAUCCUGUUGCGGACGGCCGCAGAUAAACCUGCGAUCAGAUAUGGGCUGAUUUCGAACUGACAGACGAGUGUCGGGUACAGGGCUCUGCAAAUGGCCUUGCAACGUACUUUCAUCCUGUCCGUAUGUCCGCUGUUCAUUGCGAGCGUUUCUCCUUUCCCUGUGGAUCUCUUCCAGUUAUUUCCGUGCGAGGCAAAUGCUCCCUUCCUCAUGGUCUUUGGACAAAAGACCAGUGGGUUUGUGCUCCCAUGCUGCCUCAAGAUGUUCAGAAUGGUUGCUAAGUGGAGGGAUCCUCUGGUAACAUUCUUGUCGAAGUGGCAGCAGCUUUGUUGCCUUACUGGGGCGUCUUCGUUAGGUCUAUUACGCCUCUGUACCACAAGCCUGCUUUCGAAAGAAAGUCUCUGAUUUGUCAGGAGAAGUUGGACAUCACAACUACGCUGGGCGAGGUCCAUCUUUGACAUCUCUGUGUGACCAAAGACCCCUGCAAUGUUCCGCAGCCACUUUGCAGCUGAUGUUCAGGGGCUGACCUUGCAGGCAAAGUUGGGGCCAGCUGCAACGACUUUCGAACCACUGAUACAUUGCGUCCUGUUGUCUGUCAUGUGCGUCUAUCAGAUUGCACCCUAGGAACCCCACGGAUCAUAGGGUUGACUUUCUCGCUUAAAGAAAUACCCUGGCACCCACGUGAGAUGGAAUCGGCUCGUUGGCCGAGGAGUGAAUGCAGUGCCCUUCGCUCUCUGGGGAAUUUGGAAGCUCUCCAAUGGAGAUACUGUUCUCAUAUCCUAAGGCUCGCAUUCAGUGCUUUCUGACCAGUUGCAAGUUUGCUCGAAAACGGGUGCGGCGUUUUCGAUGUUCUCAACAAUAAUUUCCCGCCAAUCAAUUCGAACAUUAAGCAGCUCGAUAGCAAACAGCUCCCGCCCCUUCACACCCUUGGCUGAGACCAGCACCACACUCCAUGGACUGAUGCUUCCUCGUGCAUCAUCUACAAGCAUUCUCAGUGGAACUGGCCGUGUCGCUCUCACCUACAGACGUGUCCCAGAUAGACAUCGCAAGACCAGUCCUGUUUCCCCACACUGAACCUGUCGACACUACGUCCCAGGUCCAAUGCAACCUGCACAUCACGUCUAGUAAGAUGUGCAGGUUUUUCUUCAAGUGCCAUGAGGGUUGUAAUUGGCGGAAGCGACUCUGUUUGUUUCACAGCUGAUAUUGUGGGCACCUUACGAUCUUUUCGGCGACUGGUCAGGCCCCGUUCUUCGUCCACUAAAUCAAGCUGUCGUUGUGGACCAGGUUAUCAUAGUGACACACGGAAGCCUGCAGCUCGUCCGUUACAAAGAAAUCUUACAGCCAGGUUUCAAGGCAACUUCGACAGUAUGACUUGCUGGAGGCUUGGACCUGGAGCAAGAACAGCCUCGAAGCCUAACGGAGAAAUGUAAUGGACCAUGCCAUAUGACAUAUUUUACGAAUCUGACCUGGUCAGUGGGGAAACGACGCCAGGUCUCGUGCAAUUGGCCUGCAUGCUUGGAAAUGCUGGUAUACACUGGGAUAUGGCUCUGACUUCUUCUAUAUUCUCCGUCGAAAUCGAAUACUUUGGGAUCAAUUCUUUGACUUCCGAGACAUUCGAACCAUCUGCUUCGAUUUCACGGCUGAGCUUAGCUGUUGUCGGUCCUUGCUUGAGAACAAGUGGCGCAGUGCAAAAGUCAAUAGAGGAUCAGACAAUCCGUUCCCGCGUCCGAAGACUUUGUGAUCAUGAUCUCAACGCGGCUCUACAACCCAGACAUUGAGUUCUUCAGGCGGAAUGAUCGUGGCUUUGGUAUGCCACUGACCCAACACCCACAUCAAGACCAAUAUGAGACUGGCAGUCAUAUCAGCAGCCGUACUACUCCAUCCUCGGAGAUUGAACAGAGAGCAAUAAGCGGAUCAAGAAAACGUGUUCCAGUUGCUUGCGAUAGAUGUCGCAAACGCAAAAUCAAGUGCAGCGGCAAUGAAGGAAACAACCAGAGUUGCCAAAACUGCCGCAAUUCCGGCCAUGGAGAGACUUGUCGGUUUCUUCGAGUCUCCUCGGUAGAGACAUCGGCUUUCGGGUUUCGCGGCUGGCAAGGCCCUUCUUCUCGCUACUCGCCGUACUCACUACCCGCCCAUCAUCGCCUGAACUACGUCCCCAUGGCCUCUAGAUACAGUCCGCCAGGUGCACUGCAGUAUCCUGCGGUGCCAACGAGCGUUGAUUAUGGCAGUUAUGCUAACCCGAGCACAAAUGUCGAUUGGGCAAGAACACCAUACGUUCCCUCCUAUCCACCAUACCCGGACGAAGAGGAAGCCAGCUCCUUUCCUUCUCAAGUGCAGCCCCCUCCAUAUAUUCUUCCCAACACCGACCCAAUGUCCAGUACAAAUGCUUAUUACAUGCACGCCCAGGGCGUCAGGCCACACCAUGCCUCAGUUUGGACUGAGCCUCAGCAAUGCAUGCCGCAAGCGAACCCACAGCUGACCAGUCCUGCCUAUGCGGCUACGCCGCAUGCUGCUCCGCCGCUUCAGACAAUGGGAAUGAUUGGCAAUCCGCCGUCUGACCGCAUCUUGCCCACUCCUAUUUCAGCUCGAAAUGUUCUUUCUGCUUCGAUCAAUCAUCCCGGUGAAAAUACCUCAACUUCUGGCUCCGGACUGCACGCCUCGACAUACUGGACUGGCGAAACUGGCACCAAUACAAGUCAUCACCAGUCGUCAGCUUCCUUGGACUCUACAGGAGCAGCUCAACAUCCGUCCUCAAGCGAGAGGUCGAACAGCGCGUCCUCUUACAGAAUGCACGACAUGUCGACAUAUUCGCACAUGGGCAUUGCCGACUCCUUGGCGACAGCCUCCAUUGCCCACGGACUCUCUGUUCCGGUCAAUGACUUGCAAUGCUCCACCGCUUCAACAGGUACACCAGAAGCCUCUCAAGGGGGCAGUUCUAACUCGAGUACGAGGACGGCUUCCCACGAACAUCCCAGUCUGAAAACUAGAGCCGCCGCGACGCCGGAGAGCUUAUCAGGCAGCACGUAUGACUAUACCGAUACCAUGGCUGGACGCAGUAACAACAACUCACAUUUGCGGAGUGCUGCUUCUUCUGGGGCACAUCCCUCGAACAGCAGCCCAGUGUCAUCUUUGUACUGCCGCACACAACAAAACUUGGUUACACGAGCUAGAGGACCAGCUGCGGAUGACUGCAGCCCCGAUUGCUCGAGCUAUCAGAGUGAUUCGGCACGCGUCUCGGUCGUAUCCAUGGGCAACCAGUCAUCAGGCUAUUGAAUGAUAAUGCAACUUGCGCUUACCAUUCAAUGCUCUGUGUUUUGGGUUCCAUGACUCUUUGACAGUUGUGGACGCCACGGCGAGCCCUUGAUGUCUUGUUUCUUCCAGUCCGGCUUUCUGUCGUAUCUCGGAGUUGUGUUAUCAAUCUGUCGCUUGUUAUCCUACUGUCCCAAUCAGGUCUGUUGCAUUUGGAGGCUCUCUUACGGAAUGCUUUUACCUCGAUCAUGUUUUGCGGCAGGACAAGUCAAAACAUUGCUGGCAGCAAGGACUGGUGGCAUUUUGUUCCGCCUAUUACUUUGCUUUUCUUUUCGGGGUCCGCUGUACGUCACAGCGAAAAGCUAAUAACCAUCCAUGCAUUGUCAGCAUCACCCUCAUUGUCAUCGGUGUUACCAUCUGUCUUGGAAACAGGAAUCGGGAUCCGGCUUACUGUGCCCUUUCUGUGUUUACCGGCAUUUCUCUGUGUUGGUUGUUGGGCGGCAGAUGAAAAUGGCGAUGGGAACGGCAAAAGCAACCAUCUAGCAAAAGGACCAGGGCAAAGGCAACCGGGAUCAGGGGUGGGAAAAGGCUGUCGGUAGCCGUCUGAUAUCUUGUGUCGUAUUUGCUCACUUUCCUUCUUUUUCAGCCAAAGGUACGUUUAAUAGCCGGGUGGGCAAAACGUCUUUUUGGUCUAACAGCCGAGGGCGUUUGGAAAGCCUUGGCACCCCUUGUUCUGUACCGCUGCACGAUACAGCAGCACUGGAGUUUCUCUCGGGACUAUGUAGUACUGGCAGGCUUUGUUUUGUGCAUCUCACUCGUUUGAUUUGCUUGAGCCACAGUAUCCACUACUAUAUUACUCUCUAUCGAGGUUGCGAGUGGUUGGGGUUGUCGGAAAAUUUGUGCUUUGCUUUCUAAAGGCUCUUGAGUUUCGUUUCACGAGUGACCAGAAGAUGGACAUGGAGGUGGACAUGUGGCCGUUGAUCGUUUGUGUGCCCCAAAAGGAGGGAAUCAAUGGGGGAAUGGAGUGGCAUCUCGGGUCCUGAUGUGUGGGAUUGGAUAUCGGGGCUGCUUUCAUCCUACUACAGUAGGUACUUGAAAGCACCGUAAUGGAACAGGCACAGGCACGGCAAGAAGCAUCGACGUGAAGAUGCAAUGGUCAUGUCAGAUGACGACUGGAUCUGUCGCAUCAGCAAAAUGCAGUCUCACUCAUUAGCACACAGCAGGAUAUGGAUAUUGUUACCGGAGAGUAUGAUACAUUGUUCGGACAGACCUAUGGGAUCGAUGCCCUCAGGGAGUGAUGUUUUGGGGCAGGAGAGUGUACUGUCAUAGUUGAAUACUGAUAGAUGUUGAAAAGUGGCGAGACUGUUUGUUCAAUUUGACUACUGGGAAAGGGACUUCCUUCGGCUAAGAUAUACCUGGCGCAACGAUCUGGAAGAUUCCUUCUUUGCUGUCAUAAACAUGCGAGUGGACACGGCCAUGAA